AAGCAGAACUGAAAGCAGCCCGGCCCCAGAGCAGAGCAGCAUGUCACCAAACUUAUAGCAGGCCUCAUGCUCAGUGCUCACUCCUACCAAUUCGCCAUCACCCGAUCCUCUGCUCAUCUUUGCUUCGCCCCUCCUUCACUUCACUUGCACCAUCUGUCGCCAUCAUCAUCGUCUCACCCAACGCCAUCGCCAAAACCAAAUCUUGCAGCUACCUGCUUAUAGCCCUAGCAAGGUGCAGGCAGAGGUAGCUGGAGUAUUGGUCUCGGUUGGGAGGAGAGGAGCGAGAGAGGAGGAGCUGAGGAGUGAGGAGGCGUCCGUCCAUGUCGAGCUCGAGCCCCAUGCACGCCCGCAAGGCGAUCCACUUGGCGUCCCUGCGCGCCAGGCUCGCGCAGGGGAAGGGCGGCCUCGCGCUGCGCCUCCUCCUCGCCGCGGCGCUCGCCGGCUUCCUCCUCGUCUUCGCCGCGCGCUCGCUCUCCUCCCCCUCCCCGCCGCCGUCGACGUCCGCGUCCCGGCGGCAGGAGUGCGGCGGCGGCGGCGGCGACAAGGGGCUGCCGCUGGCGGUGGCGGAGGCGCUGGUGCACUACACGACCUCCAACACGACGCCGCAGCAGACCGCCGACGAGAUCGGGGUGUCGCUCCGGGUGCUGCAGCGCCGGGCGCCCUGCAACUUCCUCGUCUUCGGGCUCGGGUUCGACAGCCCCAUGUGGGCGGCGCUCAACCACGGCGGCCGGACGGUGUUCCUGGAGGAGGACGCGUCGUGGAUCGCCAGCGUCCGCUCCAAGCACCCGUCCCUCGAGUCCUACCACGUCACCUACGACACCGUCCUCACCGACGCCGACGCGCUCCUCGAGCUCCGCGACCACCCGGCCUGCGUCGCGCAGCCGGACCUCGCCUCCGCCGCCGAGGCCUCCUGCCGCCUCGCCCUGCGCGGCCUGCCGCUCGUGUUCCACGAGCUGGAGUGGGACCUCAUCAUGGUGGACGCGCCGACGGGGUGGACGCCGCAGUCCCCGGGCCGGAUGGGCGCCAUCUACACCGCCGGCAUGGCGGCGCGCGCGCGGCGGCCCGGCGACGGCCCCACCGACGUGUUCGUGCACGACGUCGACCGCCCCGUCGAGGACGCCUUCUCCAAGGCCUUCCUCUGCGAGGGCUACCUCGCCGAGCAGGUCGGCCGGAUCAGGCACUUCGUCAUCCCGUCUCACCGGGAGAAGGACGGCACGCCAUUCUGCCCUUGAUGAGGCUUGAGCUCUAUCUACCACUACCACGCUUCCAGCAUCUCAUCAAGGCUCUGCUUUUCGGCGUUGCCUUUUGCUUUGAUGCUUAAUCGCUUUGCUUUACAACAUGAAGAGGAUAUCACACAACCACCGUACCCAUCAGAAAUUCCUUCUUCAUUCUUUCUGUACUACUGCUGCUACUAGUUGUACCUAUUACUGCUACAAAAAUGUUUCAUGAUAGUAGAAUUUCGGGGGUCACACACUCGCACCCUUUUGGAACCCGGAGACAACGGCGCGAUUAAUUGCGCGUGCCGUCUGAUCGGGAAUGGACGCGCUGGAUCUUGUGUAUUUUUCCUUAAUUUUGUUGUGGAUGCGGUAUUUCACCCUUUUGUUCUUCCUUUUCUUUUCCCUCUGUUUUGGAUCCCAUUGCGAACGGUGCGGUGCACCUUACAUUACAUUAGUGACACGUACUGUACUAUGCAAGAUGGUGGCGGAUAAGAAGAGCUCAAACUUAUGAGAUGUA